AUGCUGAUUGGUGAUUCAGAAGAUCCAUUCAGAGACCUACUUAACUUUGUUUAUCCCGAUUUGUUGAGUUACAUCUAUGAUCCAGAUUAUUUUCAAGGGAGAAAAAUUCUUGCACCAACUAAUGAAUGCGUCGAGUAUGUGAACGAUCAAUUAAUGUCUCUCCUUCUAGGUGAUGAGAAGGUGUACCUGAUUUCAAAUAGUAUAUGUAUGGACCAGCAAACAACGGAGGACAAUGUAGAAAUCUUUUCGACUGAAUUUCUCAACACAAUAAGAUGCUCGGGAGUUCCUUCUCAUGUAUUGAAGUUCAAGGUCGGUGCACCAGUUAUUCUAAUAAGAAACAUCGAUCAAGUUUGGCAGAUGUAUAAAGGCGUAGCCUCGUCGAACGGGCUAUGCAUCAGCAAAGGGAGGUUGACUGAAGAAAUGUACGUGGAAUUGGUGGGGGCUGUUAAUGUAAGUUGUGGUCUACAGCGUUAUGGUGCACCACCCCUUUCGAGUCUUGAGAAGUGCAACUCUGUGAGUGAGACCUUGCAGAAUAUUUCCGUCGACUAG